CCUUCCGCGACGCAGUCGAAGGUGCCAAGUUAGCGUGAGGGAUCUUUCCUGCGGACAAUCAUGCCGGCCAAGCCAGCACCCAUUAAGAAAGGGGUCAAGGUGGUGAAGAAGGAGGCGCCACCGCCGAAGCCCGAGCCUGCACCCGCGCCACCUCCGGCUGAAGCUCCACCCGCCGAGGCGCCUCCAGCUGAAGCUCCACCCGCCGAGGCGCCUCCAGCUGAAGCCCCACCCGCCGAGGCCCCUGCAGCGGCUCCAGCCGAGGCUCCACCAGCGGAGGUGCCCCAAAACGCUGAUGCUGCCCCUGGCCAGGAAGACGCUGCACCUGCUGAAGGAGAGGCUCCUGCUGAUGCCCCUGCUGCCGAAGCUCCACCAGCUGAGGAGAUCAAAGCUCCUACCCCUCCUCCUCCUGCAGAGCCCACCAGCGAGCCUCUGGAGUUGGUUGUAGAGGAUGUCAAUGAUGUUUCGGUCACUAUCCAGUGGAGACCUCCUGCUACCAUUGGGAGCGCUGGCUUGGAUGGAUACACUGUGGAAUGCUGCAAGGAAGGAACUGGUGAUUGGAAGGCUGUUAAUGAGGAGCUCACCAUUUCCUGCCGUUAUGUCAUUAAGAACCAGACCACUGGUGACCGUCUCAACAUCAGGGUGGUGGCUGUGAACGCUGGUGGCCGCAGCCCCCCUGCCACUUUACCUGAUGCCGUCCUGGUCAGAGAAGUUGUUGAUCGCCCCAAGAUUCGCCUGCCACGUUUCCUGAGGCAGCGCUAUGUGAUUAACGUUGGAGAGAAAGUCAACCUUGUCAUCCCCUUUAGUGGCAAACCCCAGCCUGUUGUGACCUGGACAAAGGAUGGACAGCCCCUUGACACCAAGAGAGUGAACAUCCGCAACAGUGAAAGAGACAGCAUCUUUUUCAUCCGUGCAUCUGAGCGAGCUGACUCUGGUGUCUAUGAGAUGUGUGUUAAAGUGGACAGCUUUGAAGACAAAGCCCAGCUGACUCUGCAGAUUAUUGAACUGCCAGGUCCACCAGCAAGCGUAAAGAUUGUGGACGCCUGGGGGUUCAAUGUUGCUUUGGAAUGGACCGAGCCGAAGGAUAAUGGAAACACAACUAUCACUGGAUACACAGUGCAGAAGGCUGACAAAAAGACUGGGGACUGGUUCACAGUGCUGGAACACUAUCACAGGCUGAAUGCCACUGUCUCAGACCUGAUCAUGGGAAAUACUUAUGCUUUCAGGGUCUUCUCUGAGAACAAGUGUGGAAUCAGCGAGAAUGCCACUGUUACAAAGACCUCUGCCACCAUCCAGAAGACAGGUAUUGACUAUAAACCACCAGACUACAAGGAACAUAACUUCAGCGAGGCCCCCAAGUUCACCACCGGCAUGCCAGACCGCUGCACCACUGUGGGCUACAGCACCAAGCUGCUAUGCUCCGUCAGAGGAUUCCCUAAGCCCAAGAUUCAGUGGAUGAAGAACCAGAUGAUCAUCGGUGAUGACCCCAAGUACAGGCAGAUAAACAACCAGGGCAUCUGCAGUCUGGAGAUCCGCAAGCCUGGUAACUUCGAUGGUGGUGUGUACACAUGCAAGGCCAUCAAUGAACAUGGUGAGGCGGUUGUCACCUGCAAGCUGGAGGUCAAACAAGCACUGAUUCCUGAUGCUGAUAAGAAAUAAGUCCUAAAUUAGAAGCAUCAGGAUCACAAUUUGCUCAAAAGGAUUUUGAAGACACCGGUUGCUGACGCAAAAAAAAAAAAAAUGUAAUGAACUGUACAUAUAAAAGAAAUAACCAGUCUUUUUCUUGUGUAACACUUCGACUCACAAAUAGAGCACAUCUAUUAUAUAGGUACAUCAUUGACUGCCUAUGGUUGAGACAACUGUUUAUUUGUUUCUAUUUAUGUAUGUAUCUUCUGAUACCUGGCACUGUCCUUAUGUUUAAGACUGAUCAAGUUUUUGCCUGUUAAAGGGAUCAUCUGCAGAAAAAGGGAAACGUUUCAGUGUUUAUUAAAAAUAAAUUCAUGCCUUCA